AUGGAAAAUUGCAAACCAGUAGCUACUUCACUGGUUUUGAAUGAGAAGUUGUCUAAAUCAAAUAAUUCCAAAAAGGUUGAUGCUUCCGAUUACAGAAGUUUGAUAGGCAAUUUAUUAUAUUUGUCUACUACUAGGCCAUAUAUAAUGUAUGUUGCAAGCUUAUUAUCUAGAUUCAUGCAAGCCCUCAGUCAGACUCAUUAUGGUGCAGCUAAAAGGGUUAUGAGAUACAUUAAAGUUACAUUUAACUAUGGCAUAUGGUAUUCGAAGAAUGAUAGUUGCAAGCUUGAAGGUUAUUCUGACAGUGGUUGUGCUAGAAGUAUGGAUGGUUGCAAAAACACUUCGGGUUAUAUUUUUUCUUUUGGAAGUGGUGCCUUUGCAUGGAAUUCAAAGAAGCAAGAUGUGGUGGCUCAAUCCUCAGCUGAAGUUGAGUAUGUCUCUGCUGCAGCAGCAAUUAAUCAAGCUAUUUGGCUUAGAAAGAUCUUAGCUGACUUGGAACAAAAUACUAAUGAAGCUAUUGCAAUUUGGGUGGAUAAUAAAUCUACUAUAGCUAUCACAAAAAUCCAGUCCAGCAUGGAAAAACUAAGCAUAUUAAUAAGAAAUUUCAUGCAAUCAAAGAAGCUGAAAGACUUGGUGAAAUUAGUCUGA